UUUAGUCGACAAUUUAUUCAAUCAAACACAAGCAAGCAGAGCAGAGGACUCGAAAUACAGAGAGACGUAUACACAUGGAUCAUUCCGAUGGCGUCGUUACGUUCACGGAAGAGCAGGAAGCUCUUGUAGUGAAAUCAUGGAAAGAAAUGAAGAAGGACGCAGCAAAUUUGGGGCUCAAGUUCUUCCUGAGAAUUUUUGAGAUCGCACCUUCAGCGAGCGGUCUCUUCUCCUUCUUGCGUGACUCCGACGUUCCAAUGGAGAAGAAUCCCAAGCUCAAGGCUCACGCAAUGUCCGUCUUCGUCAUGACUUGCGAAUCAGCGGCGCAGCUCCGGAAAUCCGGCAAGGUGACGGUGAGGGAGACGACUCUGAAGAAGCUCGGCGCCACUCACUUCAAGUACGGCAUAGUCAACGAACACUUUGAGGUGACCAGGUUUGCUCUUUUGGAGACAAUAAAGGAUGGAGUCGGAGAGAUGUGGUGCCCAGAAAUGAAGGAGGCAUGGACCAAGGCUUAUAACCAGCUUGUGGCAGCCAUCAAGCAGGAGAUGAAGCCUGUCUAGAAGAUUUAUAUAUAUUAAUCACUAUGAAGCAAUCAACAGUUAAUAAUAAAUAUUACAAAGUAUCGAUCGAUCGAUCAUUACUAUAAAGCAACGAAUAAUAAUACCAUGCAUGUUAUUGCUUCGAUUAAUUGUUUUAUCUUUGUUCGCUGCUCCAUUGAAUCAAAACAAAAAUAAAUAAAUUCCUUGUAUUUGCCCA